AUGCACUCCUUCAUCACACUUUCCUUUGUUUCUUCGUUGUGUUCGACGAUUUCUGUCCUUGCUCUCCGAAUCCCUUUCGAUGUCCACGUUCAAACACCUGCUAACAACCCAACAACCCAUUUCCCUCGUCAAUCGUCUUCCAAUGGCAUAUUACCUGUCGGGAACACGCAAAACUCUUUCUACUACACAAAUAUCAUGCUUGAUGGUCAAAACAUAUCCGUGAUGCUGGAUACGGGAAGCUCUGAUCUAUGGGUGACCGGCUCCAUACCUGGAGCAACAGACACAGGUAGCUCUCUGAAACUUUCAUACGCCGUUGGAACAGCUGCUGGCGACAUCUAUACCGCACCUUUUGAAUUUGCUGGGCAAUCUGUCAGCGACCAGGCAUUCCUCCUUGUUGCAAAUGUAUCAUCUUUCUCCACAAAUAUUCAUUCGGAAGGGUAUGACGGUCUCAUCGGCCUUGGCCCAAAUUCUGGUUCCUCGAUAUACAAGAAACUCGACGGAAAUUCGGGGAAUAACCCAAUCAACAGAAUUUUCGAACAAACAUCCUCAAAUGACUAUAUAACUCUGAUGCUCAGUCGCAAAGGAGACCCAGGGAGUAAUAUCACUGGCCAGUUCACCAUAGGAGAACUCGUUCCAGGAUUCGAGAAUAUUACCAGCAUGCCACAUUUGUCGAUUGAGAAGGUUUACAGAGUGACUAAUGUUGACCAGCAUUGGCAGAUUGUAACAGACAAGAAUAAUGGCAUCAUUGGGCCUGACGGACAGCCGAUCAAAUAUUCAUCGAUUGCCCCCAAAGCUCCUGACGGCACAAUAGUGGGAGUUUUAGACUCUGGCUUCACCCUGCCUCAAGUGCCUCGAACGGUGUCGGACGCCAUCUAUGGGCGUGUACAGGGUGCCGAAUGGUCGGUUGUAAACCAAGCUUGGCUAGUCCCUUGCGGGCAACUUAUUAAUGUUACCUUCAAUUUUGGGGGCGUUUCAUAUCCUAUUCACCCACUCGAUGUAUCGUCGAGUGACUUUGGGGUGACCUUCUCAAAUGGAAACCCUGCUUGCCUGGGAACGUUCCAACCAGUCACUUCUGCAUUUAGUCUUCUUGGAGAGUAUGAUAUGAUUUUGGGAAUGGCUUUCCUGCGGAACACAUACACCCUGAUUAAUUAUGGCAAUUUCAUCACCGGCGGCUCAAAUUCCAAUAAUCCCUACGUCCAAUUGCUUCCGCUCACGAACGUCGAAUCCGCUGUCAACGACUUCAUUCAGGUCCGGCUGAACGGGCAAAACACAAUCAACUCUUCUCAAUACGCCCUACUUCCUGCAUCACAGGAACAACACUCGCCUGAGAGCGCCGCGGAGAAAAAGCAAGCAUACGAAGAACUGGUUCUAAGUCGUUGGCCUUAUAUCGUUGUCGGAGGCCUGGUGCUCAUGAUUCUCCUCAUAAGCUAUUGCGUGUGGCGUUGUUGCUGUCGCCGCAAGCGGAUGGCAAAGAAGGCUGCCAAGAAGGCUGCACAACAGAAUGGGGGGGCUGCUUCUGUGGACGGUUUUAAGAGCGGUCCCUAUGCGCAGUUGCAUGACUCCCAGAGUACGGCGAGUCUUGUUAUGCAACCGAUGCGUGGGUCGACCGUCGAUUUUGAGGAGGACUACGGUGGAAAGGAUGCAUUCCCAAGAAGUCGAUGA